AUGGAGGGGGGUGUGCAGCUCCUGAACCGUGACGGGCACAGCAUCUCUCACAACUCCAAGCGUCACUACCACGAUGCCUUCGUGUGCAUGAACCGCAUGCGGCAGCGGGGGCUGCUCUGCGACAUCGUCCUGCACGUGGCCGCCAAGGAGAUCAAGGCCCACAAGGUGGUGCUGGCAUCGUGCAGCCCCUACUUCCACGCCAUGUUCACAAAUGAGAUGAGUGAGAGCCGCCAGACCCAUGUGACACUGCAUGACAUCGACCCCCAGGCUCUGGAGCAGCUGGUGCAGUAUGCCUACACAGCUGAGAUCGUGGUGGGAGAGGGGAAUGUGCAGACCCUUCUUCCUGCUGCCAGCCUGCUUCAGCUCAAUGGUGUGCGGGAUGCUUGCUGCAAGUUCCUGCUCAGCCAGCUCGACCCCUCCAACUGCCUGGGCAUCCGGGGCUUUGCUGACACCCACUCCUGCAGUGACCUCCUCAAGUCUGCCCACAAGUACGUCCUCCAGCACUUCGUGGAGGUGUCCAAGACAGAGGAGUUCAUGUUGCUGCCCCUUAAACAGGUGCUGGACCUCAUUUCCAGCGACAGCCUCAACGUGCCCUCGGAGGAGGAGGUGUACAGGGCUGUGCUCAGCUGGGUCAAACACGACGUGGACAGCAGGAGACAGCACGUGCCCAGGCUCAUGAAGUGCGUGCGGCUGCCUCUGCUCAGCCGGGAUUUCCUCAUGAGCAACGUGGACACGGAGCUGCUGGUGCGGCACCACUCGGAGUGCAAGGACCUGCUGAUCGAGGCCCUCAAGUACCACCUGAUGCCCGAGCAGAGAGGGGUCCUGAGCAACAGCCGGACGCGGCCGCGGCGCUGCGAGGGGGCCAGCACCGUGCUCUUCGCUGUGGGUGGAGGGAGCCUGUUUGCCAUCCACGGGGACUGCGAGGCCUACGACACGCGCACGGACCGCUGGCACAUGGUGGCCUCCAUGUCCACGCGCAGGGCCCGCGUGGGCGUCGCGGCCAUUGGCAACAAGCUCUACGCCGUGGGAGGCUACGAUGGGACCUCUGACCUGGCCACAGUGGAGUCCUAUGACCCUGUCACCAACUCCUGGCAGCCCGAGGUGUCCAUGGGCACCAGGAGGAGCUGCCUGGGUGUGGCAGCCCUUCAUGGGCUCCUCUAUGCUGCUGGGGGGUACGAUGGGGCCUCGUGCCUCAACAGUGCAGAGAGGUACGACCCCCUGACAGGCACCUGGACCUCCAUCGCUGCCAUGAGCACCCGCAGACGCUACGUCCGUGUGGCCACGCUAGAAGGCAACCUCUAUGCAGUUGGGGGCUACGACAGCUCAUCACACUUAGCCACGGUGGAGAAGUAUGAGCCCCAGAUCAACACCUGGAGCCCCAUUGCCAACAUGCUGAGCCGCAGGAGCAGCGCGGGCGUGGCCGUGCUCGAGGGGAUGCUCUACGUGGCUGGUGGCAAUGAUGGCACCAGUUGCCUUAACUCUGUGGAGCGUUACAACCCCAAAUCCAACACCUGGGAGAGCGUGGCCCCCAUGAACAUCCGCAGGAGCACCCACGACCUAGUGGCCAUGGACGGGUGGCUUUACGCCGUGGGUGGCAACGAUGGCAGCUCCAGCCUGAACUCCAUCGAGAAGUACAACCCCCGCACCAACAAGUGGGUGGCAGCCUCGUGCAUGUUCACCCGCCGGAGCAGCGUGGGGGUGGCCGUGCUGGAGCUCCUCAACUUCCCCCCACCCUCCUCACCCACCCUCUCGGUGUCCUCCACGAGCCUUUGA